CGUGGCCAGAGAUCUUUAGUAUGGCGCUCGACCCCCUUGUGGUAGACACGGUCAAGGAGGAAUCAUUGUCAAAGGUUUUCCAAGACCCCAUCCAUGGAUCCAUUGAAUUACCAGAGAUCUGUGUGGCCAUCAUGGACACCCCUGAGUUCCAAAGACUGCGCCACAUCAAACAAUUGGGACUCACGUGCCUUGUGUAUCCUACUGCCGUCCACACACGCUUCGACCAUUCAAUAGGGGUAUGUCAUCUGGCAGAUGAAAUGGUACAGGCCCUCAGGAGACGCCAUGGACCAAGCAGCAGUUAUCCUAUAGACAUCACUGAGGAAGAGCACCUCUGUGUCAUGAUUGCUGGACUCUGCAGAAAUCUUGGUUUUGGGCCGUUCUCGCAUCUCUUUGAUCAAAGGUUCAUGCGGAAUAAGAAGAAAGAUUAUACGCCAUUGGCCAUGUCAGUAAAGAUCUUUGGGGAAAUAUGCAAGGAGCCAACAAUCGAGAACCUGCUUCAGAAAUACAAGCUCGACAAGGAGAAUAAGUUCAUCGAGGAGCUAAUAAACCCCCCACCAGGUCUAUGGGAAAAGGACAGCACAAGAUCAGCAUACAAGACUCCCUGGUUAUGCGAGGGACGAGGCCAGGACAAGAGUUUCCUAUACCUGAUUGUGAAGAACACGCUGAAUGGCAUCGAUGUGGCCAAGUGGGACUACUGCGCCCGGGACUGCUACUUUCUCGGCAUCUCAAACAGCUUUGACCAUCAACGCCUGCUCAAGUACGCCAGGGUGUUACAAUUCGGGGGGCGUUCCGAGAUAUGCUUCAAAUUCAAGGAGGCCUUCCAUCUGUACAACCUGUACCGGAUGAGGCAUAUACUUCACACGCGCGCCUAUCAGCACACAGUGAAGAAUGCCAUCGAAAUCAUGUUUUCUAAAGCAUUGGAAGAAGUGGAAAAAUCAUUGACUAAUAGAGAGAAGACAAACCUGAACAUGCUCUUUGGUGAAGGGAAUCUGCCUGGCAAGGUUGACAACGUGCAAGACUUCCUGUCGUUGACAGACGACAUCUACAGAAGAAUCUUGCUCUGUCCUCAUCGCGAUAUUGCAAACGCAAGAGCGAUCCUGGAGAAGAUUGAGAAACGACAGUUGUACAAGCUAGUUGAAGAAGCAACUUACAAUGACAAAGUUAAGCAGGAGGAGAUUUUGCAAAGAACAUGGAGGGCCCUUACAGAUUUAGACUCCCCUGCAGAAAUGGCUUACAUUGAGACCGUUCGCUUCGACUAUGGCGUGAAUAGAGAGGAGCCCCUGCGAAAUGUUCACUUCUUCACCAAGACUGAGCCAAACGUGCCAUUCUUCCUAAGACAGGAACAGAGAACCAAAGAAAAGCAGUUUUCAUCUGAGCCAACAAAGGAUAGAGCGACCCUUCAUGAAGAAGGUAAGAAGAACAUAUGAAGUGCGUAUCAACCAAAAUGAUAUGCAUUGCUGCUGUACAUGUAAUACGCCUGAC